GUACUUCUCAAAGCCUGAGUAUAUUUGUGCAGACGUUUCAUGAUCAGCUGUAUUAGGGAGCGACAUCAUUUGUGUCUUCUAUCGUUAGUUAGACACAGAAAACAUUGUCAAUGGCGUCAGAAAACUAUGGGGAAAUGAACGGGGAGGAUAUGUGUGAGUACCUGAGAGAAAAAGUACUUGAAAUGUGGGCAGAUAAAUGUAAAGAAAAGUCUGUCAUCAAGCUGUGGGAGCUCAAUGAUGAUGAUUUUAUGUCUGGGAUGGGCAUACAUCAACCUGAGGAUCGUCAGAAAAUCUUGGACAGUAUCUUGAAGAUCUGGCCAGCAGCUCCCAAGGUGUUUAAUGAUCCAAUCCACGGACAUAUGGAGUUGCACCCUCUUCUUGUCAACAUCAUCGACACGCCUCAGUUCAUAUUAAGAUACCUCAAGCAGCUGGGAGCGGGCUAUUUUGUUUAUCCUGGAGCCUCCCACAACCGGUUUGAACACUCAAUUGGGGUGGGGUACUUAGCAGGAGAGCUUGUGAAAGCUCUGAAGGAAAAGCAGGAUCUCGACAUCACUGACAGAGACAUCCUUUGUGUUCAGAUCGCUGGGCUAUGCCAUGACCUGGGACAUGGACCCUUUUCCCAUCUGUUUGAUAAAAUGUUCAUCCCCAAAGCAACACUCCCACCUGGUCCAGGUGAACAAAUAAGAACCUGGAAGCAUGAGGACGCCUCUGUAGAAAUGUUCAACCACAUGGUGGAAUCCAAUGAGGAUCUGAAGUGGAGGAUGAAGGCAUGUGGCCUGAAGCUGUCCGAAGACUUGGACUUCAUCAAAGAGAUGAUUAAACCCCCGGCAGCUCAAGAGGAAUGGCCAUAUGAAGGCCGUCCAGAGGAGAAGUCCUUCCUCUAUGAGAUUGUAAACAACAAAAGAAACGGCAUUGAUGUGGACAAGUUUGACUACUUUGCCAGGGACAGCUACCACCUGGGCAUCAAGAACAACUUUGACCAUGGCCGCUUCAUAAAGUUUGCCAGGGUGUGUGACGUGGACGACCAGAAGGGGGAUGGGCUGAAGGUGGACGGGCAGAAGGUGGACGGGCAGAAGGUGGAUGGGCAGAAGCACAUCUGCACUAGAGACAAGGAGGUGAACAAUCUCGAUGACUUGUUCCACACGAGGUACUCUCUCCACAGAAGAGCCUACCAGCACAACGUGGUUAAGAUCAUAGAGUAUAUGAUCACAGAGGCCUUUUUAAAGGCAGACGAGCACAUCCAGAUUGAAGGCUCAGGAGGGGAUAUGUUCACCCUCUCCACAGCAAUAACUGACAUGGAGGCCUACACCAAGCUGACAGAUUGUGUAUUUUACCAAAUACUCAACUCCACAGAGGGUGAUCUCAGAGAGGCAAGGGAGAUUCUAAAAAAAGUUGUCAAUCGUAAACACUACAGGUUUCUGGGUGAAAUCAAGCCUGAAGGAAACCCAACCGAGGAGGAGAUAUCUCAGUUGAGAGAGGACCUGACUGCAGCCCUCCCACUCCCACGAGAGGGAGCUCCGGCUGACGGGCUGACAAACGAGGACUUUGUAGUUUUAGCUGUUACUUUGGACUAUGGGGAGAAGGAAAAUGACCCCAUCAAUAGUAUGGACUUCUACAGCAAGAAAGACCCUACCCAAGUAAACAAAAAGAAAGAACAGGUGUACAAGCUUCUCCCAGAGUACUUAUCUGAGACGCUCGUCAGGGUUUACAGCAGGAAGAUUGAUCCUGAAAGACUGGAAGCUGCCAGGGAGCACUUGAAACAUUGGAUCGAAGGGAGGAAUGACAAUCUUCCAGUGGAGAGCCACUGUCUCCUCACACAAUAUUGAUGAAUCUGAAGUUUUGGAAAAUGGAAGUUAAACCUGAAAAAAUAAAGAAAACACUUCCUGGCUCUCCUUGGUUCAUACUGAUUGAAGGUGAUCGAGAAAUUUGAUCAAGUGAGUAUGUGACUUAACGACUUAAAAGUGAAUGAGGAUGCAUUAUGCAUAAUUGGGCCACAUAUGCAGUUUUUAGAGCCCUGUUUAAUAUUAUAAACUAAUCUAAGUGCAAAUGUGAUCAUUUUAAAUCAGCUUUAAUUAAGAAUCAUUGUUUAAUACCAUAUUAUGGCUAUUUGAAAUGUAAUUUUAGGUGUGAUUUAGGGAUUUUAAAUAUUUAGUGGUGUUUGUUUAAGAUAUCCAGCGUGUGAAUUAAUGUGGUAACCUGAUUAUAUAUUCUUUUUUAAUUUGAUUCAUGUUUGAUUAAAGAUUGUUUUGGGUGUAUGUAUUUGUUUUUAAUCUAUCAAUAUGAAAUCAAUAUCGUUACUAUUACCAUUAUAUAUUACUAUUCAUACUGUACUGUAGUUAUACAAUAUAGCUUGCUUCCUUCAAUGUAACCAUCUGUAUGAAUGUGGUUAACUUGGGGUAUAUUUCUGUUUAUGGUCAUGGUGUGAAAAUGUUGUGAUUUGUCAUCAUGGGACUUUUGAGGAAAACCUACAACAAUGUUUCAACUUUGUUGCUGUUGAGAUUGGGUUAAUAAAAAAGUGUUUCUUCUUAAUUUGAAAUCAAUUAAAUGU